UCUACUUUGCCAAUCGCGUUUGCAUCAGCAUCAACCUUGAAUCGUGGAAUGAAUUAACUUCAACUUUCCAUUAGCUCGCAAUGUGGCAGCUACUCUGUGCCUAGCAUCGAUAGUUGGUAACCCUAUCUACCAGGUUCCCUGUUAUUGGCGCGAUAACAACAUUGUACUUCCACCACCUCUGGUCCAACGACGAACUGAUUACUGGAUUGACCAAUUCUUGUGAUUCCGCCGUUAUCGUGGAAGACUUCAAUAUCUCCGCAGACUGGUUGAGUCUUUGGAUAAGGAUACGGCUAAGCUAUGUACUGUCUUAUCAUUCUGGGGUUUCCAUGUGGCAUGAGCCCAUCAACCCGUGCUUUUUUUGACAUCAGAAAGGCACCAUUGAGAUACAUACUUUCUGAUUAGGAUAAGAUUGAUUUACUGAAGAGAAAUCAUCUGGAUGUUGACCCAAGCAGAAUAGGCUCAUCUCCAAGUCCGGAUUUAUCGCUUUCCCUCCCCCUCCCCUGCUCCCGCCCGAUUUGGGUCCAAACGAUUGUGCCUCAGCUACAGCCAAAAAGAGUGCAACAGGCAGCAUGAGUGCUCCGCGAUGUCGAAGGAGAAUAAAGUAUCCCCACAUCCGACGUCAUGUUUUCUUGAUUCGUGCACCGGAAAAUUUAGGGACGGAUGAGAUUCGAUAGGCAAGGUUAUUACUCGGCAGUUGAACAUGUUGUUUGGUUUCCCCUAACCAUGACGGUUCCCCACCCCGCUAACCCUUAGCCUAUCUACCUCCUCCGUCUAGACACACCGAGAACUAACCCCACGAUUUAUAUUGCGAGGCCUUUUUACUCUGGCCAAGAGUUAUCUCGUAUUGUGCCGAUACUAUUUGGACAACAAUCGCAAGCAGGAUUUGAUAAUUUUAUUAGCAUUGAAAAUUAGUUCGAUGAAGAAAACGCUUGGUAACUCAGCUUGCUAAUGAUGCACUAAACUAUUAUUAAAAUACUUGGCGCCAGUGGACCAAAAUCUACCCGGGGAGAUAGAUAGGCACAAAGGCAAUGAGUAUAAAGAAUCAUGCUUCUCUUCUGUAUUCGGUAUUUCAUCCUUCUAUAUCCGAAGAACAUCAUCUUCUGUUUCAUCAUGUUCUCACGUUUCCUUUCCGUCACUGCGCUUGCAGCAUUUUCCUCUGCUUCUCCAGUCGUUUACCAACGAGACAACAUCACAAACCCAUAUGUUUUCACCAAUCCCAAUGGACUUAAUUUCACCCAGCUGGAUCCUGCGUUGCCGAAUAUCACUGUUUUCGCAACCGGUAUGUUACUUCCCUGGUAUUCUUUUCGGGUGAGACUGUACUAAUGAAGAGUAUAGGUGGUACCAUCGCAGGCUCUAGCAGUAGCAAUACAGCAACAACAGGAUAUACCUCAGGUGCCGUGGGCAUCCUAACCCUCCUUGAGGCAGUUCCGGAAGUCCUCGACAUUGCAAACGUCGCCGGUGUUCAGAUCUCCAACGUCGGUAGCCCGGAUAUAACUUCAAGCAUUCUUCUCAAUCUCUCAAAACAAAUAAACGAAGUAAUUUGCAAAGAUGAUACCAUGAGCGGUGCAGUCAUCACCCAUGGUACUGACACCCUAGAAGAAUCCGCCUUUUUCAUGGACGCCACCGUCAACUGCGGUAAACCCAUCAUCAUCGUCGGAUCCAUGAGACCCUCCACGGCCAUUUCAGCCGACGGUCCUUUCAAUCUCCUCGAAGCCGUAUCUGUAGGUAUUAAUUCCGAUGCUGUUGGUCGUGGAGCUAUGGUCGUUCUCAAUGAUCGUAUUGUUUCCGCAUACUAUGCUACCAAGACCAAUGCAAAUACAAUGGAUACAUUCAAAGCAGUCGAGAUGGGAAAUUUGGGAGCACUCAUAUCAAAUACUCCUUAUUUUUUCUACCCUCCCGUUGAGCCCACCGGGAAAAUCGCUUAUGAUAUCUCGAACGUAACAGAGAUUCCUCGAGUGGAUAUCCUGUUCUCAUACCAGGAUAUGCAAAAUGAUACUCUCUAUAAUGCUGUUUCUAGCGGCGCCAAAGGCAUUAUCGUAAGUUCCCCUACUUCAUCACAUUCGCUAUAACCAUCCAUCUAACCUAUAAUCAAGAUUGCCGGUUCAGGAACAGGAAGCGUAAGUACAUCUUUCGACUACGCCAUCGAAGAUGUAAUCAACAGAUUCAACAUCCCCGUCAUUCAAAGCACACGCGUCCAAAAUGGAGAAGUGCCCGAAUUUGAGAGUGAGACCGCUUUGCGUAUCACAUCUGGAUAUUUGAAUCCUCAGAAAUCCAGGGUUUUACUUGGUAUUUUGUUGGCGUUGGAUAAGAAUAUUACCGAGAUUAAGGAUGCGUUCUCGCGGAAUGCUGUUUCUUAAUCUCGUAUGGAUGAGGUUGG